AACCCACGUUUUAAAAGUGUAAGAAUUUUUUAUGCAAAUCUAAUAUAGAAAAUCAAUAUAUUUUUAACAUUUUUUAUAUGAAGUGUUUCAACAUUUUUAUUUUAUAGUAUUUGAAAAAUAUAUAAUUAUAUCAACUUUAUUUAUAUUAAAUAAGAAAAUUAUAUAAAAUAUUAUGUUAUUUUGUUUUUUAAUUAUUUUAAUCUGUUUUCUUAUGAAAUUUUAAUAAAAUUUCUGUAAUCCAUUUGAUUAAUUGUAUGAUAUAUACUUUUUUGAUAAAUGUUUAAUUAUAAAACUUAUUUGACGCCAAUUUUGAUUUUAACAUUUUAUUUUGUUAAAACUUAUUUGAUGUCAACUUAAAUCAAACAUAAUCUCGCGUACAUCAUUAUUAAUUAUAUACUUUUAAGAAUAAAAAUAAUCUAAGAAUAAGAAUCUUAUAUGAAAGUUUUACUAAGUUUAAAUGCAUGCAAUUUUUGUUCAUGAAAAUAUAAAUAAAAUAAUUAAUUAAUUUAAUUAAUUUUAUAUUAAACAAAUAAAAUGUUAGAACCAAUAAAUUGACAUCAAUUAAUCAAAUAAGUAUAUGUCACACAAUUGAUAUAAGAUGUUAGAGCCAGUAAAUUGACAUCAAUUAAACAUAUACUUCGUAUACCUAGAUAUACAUUUGUUUAGUUUGCAUGGUUAACCAUGUGAUGGCUAAUAAUACUUCAUGUAGUCAGUAAUUAUUUUUUCUAAUAAAAACAGUGUGUCACUUAUCUUAUAAUAGUCUAUGUUUCUUAUAAUUAUGUAUUAUGAUAUAUACUUACACUACAGGUUACAAGCGUCUUUAUUCUGGUGAUGACUGUUUAUUUUUCUACUAAUCUAGUACUGGAUAUUCAAAAGCGUUUUACAAAAACCAAUUUGGUUUUAUUUUGUUAACCCAAGAAACAAUUUCCAGUAAUCAAGAACAAGAUUUGAGUUGCGCCAAGUGCAGAAUUACCAUCUUUGAUUCAAUAAAGUUAAACUAAUUUUGAAUGGUAGAUAUUUAAAGAGCAUAAAGCCUGUAAAUUGAUAUUGAUUAUAUUGUCCAAACAUAAUUAUAUAUAAAGAUAUUAAAUUCUCAAAGCAUAAUAUUUGUUAUAAACAAAAUUUUAGACAAGUUAUGGUCGAUUUGUUCAAAACAAAAAAAAGGCAAGUGAUGGUGCAGAUGCAGUACGUUAUAGUAAUUAGCUUGUGAAUUUGUGUUGUUAUCUAAAUAUGUAUGUCACAAUUUAUGUUAAAUGUAACCGAAAAUUCAAUAUAUAUAAAUUAAUUAAGCUAUAUUUUAAAUUUUAAAGAGGAGACAAAUCAAUAUUGAAUAUAUAUAUUCAUAUACAAAAUGUUUUUUCUAUUUUAAAAACUACACAAUUCAACAUGUAUGGACCAGUUUUUGUUCCUAAAGUAAAUGCACUAGAUCAUAUUAUACCCACCACGUUUUCCUUCUUUGUCCUCAAGUUCAUAAAAAUCCGAGGACAUAUGGACAAGAUCUUUGUCCAUUUUGAAAUUUGUGAAAGAGAAAUCGUUUUAGAUGGGAGCAAGCAGAUAACAUACUGUCCAGACAUGUGUGGUAAAAAUUAGGUUACACAAACAAUUUGAGGUUGAAGUUUCAAAUUUGAUUGGACUCAAAAAGGAAUCUAUGAGUUUGGUCACCCCAUGCUUUUACGACCAGAUGGAUACGAUCUUUUUUUUGAAUGAAUGUUAAAUUUCAUAAAAAACAUCCUUCUUACAUCAAGUGCAACUUUUAUAAAUAAACUGACUCAUUUACCAUUUAGACUCCUAGCACCAAAAAAAUAUUCACAAUCUUGUACUAAACCAAAAUUGCAGCACUUCUUCCAUACCUCUUCUCCCUUUUUCUCUCACUAGGCUUAGCUUGUUUUUGACUCUUUUAUCUAUCAUUUUUUAAAGCAGACAACAGCAUCGGCUUGUCAUCAUGCUUUAUCUUGUUUCUUUCCCUCCAUAGUGUAUGAACAGCUGCCUGAAAAGCAUAUCGAAUGCACAAUAGCUUUUUCUUUUCCAUAGACAAGUCAUUGAUCAACCUCACGAUUGCAUACCAUCUGUAGUGUAAUCGUUGCAUAGAAUCCCCUUCACCAGAUGUUCCCAUACUUGAGAGGACAAUGAACACUCAAAAGUAUAGAUGAUCUCUUGACUCAGGAGCGUUCUUGCAUAACACACGGAUCAAGCAUCUUGACAUCCACAUUCUUGAAUAUUAAGACAAAUAACAAAGAAAAGAACAAACAACGAUUCCGUUCAUCAAAGACGUUUUUACAACAACAAGAGCACUUCGAGCGAUUGCUUUGAUUUGAUUAAUCAAGAACUCACUAAUUUAAACAAUCGUCAUCUGCCUAAAACAUUUGUUGUAGAUCUAAUAUCAGGCCCUCAUUUAUUAAAAUAGGUCUAGGUAUUUUAUCUGUACCCGAAAAAUCAAACUAUAACCGAUACAAAAAUAUCCGACCGAAACCAAACCGAAAUUUAUAAGUACCUAAUUGAGUCUAAAAUUCAUAUACACAAAAAAAUGCAACCGAAAAAAAAAACAAACUUGAAAAGAACAAGAACCGAUUCAUACCGACAUAAAAACAUAAAAAUCUAAAAUUAUGAUUUUACUUGUUCUAUUUUAUAUAUUUUAGUUUAAAUUUUAGUUGAAAUGUAUUUUUAUUAGCAGUCUUCAUUAUUAUUUUUUGUAAUAUUUUCAAGUAAUAUGAAACUAUAAAUGUUAAAUUUAGAGUUUAAAAUGUUUGAUUUCAAUUAUUAAUAAAAUGUUUUAGUUGUUUUAGAAAAUUUAAGGUAAAUAUGAUGGAUUUUGAUAAAAUUUUGAUGGAAUUCGUGUAUUUCAUUUAUUUUUAGAUCCUAAAUACCCGACCUGUUACGAUCCAAAUAUUACAAGCAUUUUACAGGUACUUUAGUUAUAGACUCAAACCGAUCCAAAUCCAUGAAGAACCGAUCCAGACCCAAACCAACAAAUUUCAAGUACCUAGUUGGAUUCAAAUUUUUAGGAUCCAAAAGAUCCGGAUCCGAAAGAAACCAAUAUGCUGUUCCGAACCCGCAUGCUUAUAUUAAAAUAUCAUAAAAAUACAAACUUAAUGAGCUGAAAUAUAAUAGAAAAGUCCACUAAGAAAAAGAAACACGUGCGGGAUAACAAAAAAAAAAGUACACAGUGAUACCUCUUAUUAACUAUAUAAAUAUAAGUAUGCUAUGAAUAAAUUACUUAUCAUCGUUCUAAAGCCAUAAAUAUAAUCUAGAUCAAGAGUUAAAUGAGUUACCUCCCGAUCAAAUAUAAAAAAAAUUAUAAAAUAAUUAUAAAAUAAAAUAUAUAAUAAAAACAUUUUUCGUAAUAUAAUUUAAAAUAUAAAUAUUAAAAUUUCAAUACAUUAAUAUUAAAUACUGAAUAAAACCAACAGCUAAAACUAAAUUAUAUCAAAGCUAAAUCAGUGAUCCAAAAUCUAUUCCACAUAAGAGUUUUGAGGUUAUUUUACAUCAAAAAGCCAUAAAUAUAAUAAUAUGGAUCCAUAAUUACGUUAAGAAAAACAACAAUGUAAUAUCGAUGUUGAACAUAUGUACUGAAGAUGUUAUCCCUCUCUAUUAUUAAAAGAGAAGUAUCCAUUAGAAAAUAUCCCUUAAUUUUUAAAGUUAAUUACACUUCUAUGCCACUAAGAAUUAAAUUGAAUUUCCUAUUUUAAUGCUUGUCUUUUUCAGUUAGAUUAAUGUGUUUUCCUUAUCCCCUAUAUACUAAAGCGCAAGUCGUCUGGCCAGUCAGAUUCUGCCACAUAUUUAUUGUUCAAUUUUUUUUAAAAAAAUACUAAAUUAAAUAAAGAAUUCUGAUACAAUCAGUUUAUUUGCAGUUAGAUCAAAAAUAAAAAUAAAGUGAUGAUAAAAACAAAAAGAAAGCAAAAAUCUUUUUAUUUGUCUCAAGACUAUCAACCGUUUCAACCACUAUCUCCAGCUUCUUCUCAUACACUACGUCAACUUCUCCAAAUAGUUUAAUUUAUUCCACGAAAACAUAGCAGCUGAUGUUCAUAUUUGUUUUCUCUGAGAAAGAUGUGUUAGAACUAUUUUUUAACAUUAUGAAUAGUGUAUUCAUAUGUCAAAAAUGAAGUUUUAUUUGAAUGAGAAAUGGAGGUCUAAUGUGUGUGAUUUGAAAAUUUGUAUAAAGUAACAAAUAUAUACAUUGGAUAUAUGAACUUGGAUUUGGGUUUUCUGAUUUGUUAGUUGGACUUCAUGUUCAUUAACUUAAUCUUAUAAACUAAAUAUAUGUUGAUCUUUUAUAUUGAUAAAAUAUAAAAAAAAAAUCCAUUUUAAAGUAUAUUAUUUAGUUUGAAUUGGUCAAACCAUAAUAAUUUUGCUCUUUAAUUUUUUGGUCAAAAUGUAGAAUAAAUUCACAUAAUAAUUGACAAGAAUUAAAAACUCCAUUAGUGCACCAUGGAAGUUUCAUUUUUGUAUUGAAAAAUGAAACUUGUAUUUCUCGUUAUAUUUCUAUAAAAUGGCUUGUUAGCAUUAUAGAAAAGACAUACAUUCAUACAAUCAAGAAAUUUUUCUCCUCACUCAGAAUAGUUAUGCUAGUAUUUUUUUUUAUUUUGAGUCUGAGAGUACAUCACAGAAAUAGGUUCGAUAGAUUCUGUUUUUCGGUGAUGGUAAACAUAAACAAUGCUGCAGUUGUAUCUUGGGAAUCUGAGCGCCAUAAAAUUGUCACACUACAGGGCGUUUAAAGAUUUAAGGAAAGAGAUUAAUUAUCUCGACUCUGCAAUUCUUCUUUAUUUUUAUAUUUCGGUAUUGAAAUUUUAGUUUAUGUUCUUAUUAUUCUUUACAAAUAUCAGUUGUCCUAUGAUAGUAAAAUAAGGUUCCUACACUCUUAAAUCUUUAAAUAUUGUUUAUGCUUUUGCACUAACAAUACUGAUAUUUGUUAAAAGUUUUUAUAUUUAAGAACAGGUUAAAGAUGCCGGAAUCAGAUCUUGUUUUAUCAUAAAAACAGGAAUUCGAGAAGUCAUGGUGAUGGAAAAUCAAUGUUAUGAUCUUUUCAAAUCGAUCAUGCGCAGGGAUCAUUUAUAAUAAUCUUAGCUAUUGCUUUUCUCUGAAUCUUCUUUAUCAUCAAGCGUUGAUCAUUAGUUAAAUAUUUUCUAAAAGAAAAAAAAAAACCAAUUUUAUUUGAUCUGUCUGUUGACGUGUUGAAACCGUCGUGUUGCACUUUCGCUUUGAUUUUUUAAAUUAUUUUGGAAUAAAAAAUGUGACUUGUAUGAUCUAGUUUUGCUUUACUUCUGGUUUAGCCAUGCUUAUACGACUGGUUUUUAUCAAAAUUCAAGCGUUUGAUCUUUGCAUAUAUUAGCAAGUGUGGAGCGUUUGUUCUUGUGGUUUUUUUUUUUUAAAUCUUUUAAUGCAUUUACUUUGUGUAUUUGUUUUGCAUUUAAGUGUGAUCAAAUUCGUCAGUUUACAUGAUCAAAUAAUUUAUUUGUUCAAAAUCGUUACUGCUUUGACUUGGCUAAAAAUAAUUAUUUGUUUUAAUAAUCAAGAAUGCUAACGUUUUUGAUUUCUGUUUCAGAUUUUUUGGAACAACUUAAUUUGAUUAUUAAGUGUUUGAUCAAGAGAAAAGAACAAUGAUUCAAGUUUCAAAUAUGGUGAAACCAUAGUCAUAAAUAACAUUUUGAUUCUUAAAGAAUCAUGUUAUAUGGAUGGAAAUGGAUUUUGUGAGCCGACGUUCCAAAUUAAGUUUGGGAGAGGUCUGCCACAUAUAAAUCAUUUGCCGUAGGAAAUAAAAUGUUUGUUGAUAUUGAUCAAAAACAUUUAUAUUUCAUCAAUGUUUAAAUGCAAGUUACAAGAAGAUUGACCAUGCAAAAACAAUGAGAAUUUUUAGACCAAUAUGACUGAAACUGACAAGUGUAUUGUAGUUUAUAAAGUCAAUAUGGUUGAGAAUAAUCAUAUAAUGGUCUUGAUGGAAAAAAUAAUAUCUUGAAAUGAUAUGUGUAUUUGCUAAAAAGCAAAAUAUGUGUUUGGAAAGAUCCAAAACAUACAAGUUGGAUUUAUAAAUCAAUUUGAGAGAACUAUGAAAAUAAAUGUAUGUAAAAUAUGAAUUUCUAAGAAUGAAAUACAUUUCUGAAAUUACUUUUUAUUCAUUUAAAUCUAAAAGAGUUGUAGAUCAAUUUUCUAAACUCUUAAGAAAUGUUAAAUGUAAUUAAAUAUGCAUAUUCUUGUUAUCUCAAGAAAUGUGGGGGAAUUUUGCAUACCAUAUAAAGUUGUUGGCAAGAGGUCAAAUGAACUUAGUGAUAGUUAUCACAAUGUGAUUUUUCUUUUUUAGAAAAAAAAAACUAGUGUCAUAUACUGAGUUUUGUGUAUAAUGGUUAAUUGUAUCUUGAAUAAAAGAUGACAAAAAUCAUUAGACAAUUGAUCUCGACAAAUCUCAGGAGAUUAUGUUCAUUUUGAUGACAACCUAGGAUCCUUAUAUUAAAGGUGUGUCAUGAGAUCAAGUUGUUAUAUCAUCUAAAGGAAUGGGUAGCCUGUGAAUUAAGAUGAGGUUUCGCGGUAACUCUACCUAACUGACUAGAGAUCCCAAGAAAUAGGUUCAAGGAGACAACUAAGUGAAACUAAGUCUGCCCAAAGCACUGUAAGACUUCGGUCUAUACCCAGUUCCUAUGAUGAUUAAACAGUGCUACAUGUAAGGAAUAUAGGAUAAGCAUUAGCUUUUAAUGAUUUGUGUCCAUUGUUUUGAAAUAUGAAUGGAGUAGUACAUGAUACUCCUCUAAACAAAACUAAUGGCAAAUCACCUUGUGUGUGUAAAAUGGGGCCGUUUCUAGGAGAAUGAAGGAAAUGCUAUAUUCUCCAAGUUCACUCAUGAUUAACCAGGACUGUUCACGGCCAAAAUGAACACAAUAGAAAACCUAGUUCUGUGAGAGAAUGAAGCUGUGUUAUAGCUAUUGUCUAGGUUUACACCAAAGCCCGGGAGGUUCAAGACAUCAUGGCCACCUCCUGGCCGAGUAAAUCCGAUAGCUAUUAACAAUGACUGGUUCAAGGCUGAAAAAUUGCUACCAACUCAUCAUGCAGUGGAUUUUUCGUUUGUACUCUCAAAAGUCCUUAAGUCGAGUCUUGUCUAGGAAGUCAAGUAUGUUGAGUCGUCUAGUGUCUAGAGUCAUUUCUAUUCAUGUGGGGGAUUGUUAGAACUAUUUUUUGAACAUUAUGAAUAGUGUAUUCAUAUGUCAAAAAUGAAGUUUUAUUUGAAUGAGAAAUGGAGGUCUAAUGUGUGUGAUUUGAAAAUUUGUAUAAAGUAACAAAUACAUACAUUGGAUACAUGAACUUGGAUUUGGGUUUUCUGAUUUGUUAGUUGGACUUUAUGUUCAUUAACUUAAUCUUAUAAACCAAAUAAAUGUUGAUCUUUUAUAUUGAUAAAAUAUAAAAAAGAAAUCCAUUUUAAAGUAUAUUAUUUAGUUUGAAUUGGUCAAACCAUAAUAAUUAUGCUCUUUAAUUUCUUGAUCAAAAUGUAGAAUAAAUUCACAUAAUAAUUGACAAGAAUUAAAAAACUCCAUUAGUGCACCAUGGAAGUUUCAUUUUUGUAUUGAAAAAUGAAACUUGUACUUCUCGUUAUAUUUCUAUAAAAGGACUUGUUAGCAUUAUAGAAAAGACAUACAUUCAUACAAUCAAGAAAUUUUUCUCCCAUUCAGAAUAGUUAUGCUAGUAUUUUUUUUAUUUUGAGUCUGAGAGUACAACACAUAAAUAGGUUCGAUAGAUUCUGUUUUUUGGUGAUGGUAAACAGAAACAAUGCUGCAGUUGUAUCUUGGGAAUCUGAGCGCCAUAAAACUGUCACACUACGGGGCGUUUAUAGAUUUAAGGAAAGAGAUUAAUUAUCUCGACUCUGCAAUUCUUCUUUAUUUUUAUAUUUCGGUAUUGAAAUUUUAGUUUAUGUUCUUAUUAUUCUUUACAAAUAUCAGUUGUCCUAUGAUAGUAAAAUAAGGUUCCUACAAGAUGAUCAUAUUUGUUUUCUUUGAGAAAGAUGCAUCUUCAAUCUUAUGGGGACUGUAAAGGUUUUGAAGCGGUAGAAACGGUCACUUAAAAAAAAAUAAGUGAAAGUUAUAGUUGGCUUUGGGAAAUACCUUGGUAUCCAUUGGUUGGUGGUGCCAACCAGUUUAUUUUUGUUUAGGAAAUGAGUUAGUACAGAAUCUUUCUUUUAUUCUCAACAUUAGAUUAUUUUUUGUUGUGUAGUUUUGAUUUAUUUCUAUAUUUUUACUUUUCUUGCAGAGGAAUGGUUCUUCCUCAAACCAAAAUGGCUCCACUACAACCGCAGAUGAAGAAGCUGGCAACACCAUUUCAUCUCUUUUUUUGUUUUAGAGUUAUGUUCCGAUUAAAGUUGAUGAGAGUUCAUGAAGAAUGGAUGAGAAGAUGGACUCCAAUUUACCAAGAUAUCUCAACCCACGUGCUGCUCAUGAUUUGAUUAAUAGGUCAGAUGCAAAACCUUGAUUAGUAUUUUCUUUUUCUUUUCUCUCUUUGCUCUUUAACUAUCAAACAAUGCUGAAAACUCUUAAGAUUGAUAAAUUUUCAAUAGUAUUUUAUAUAAUGCUUUAACAAAAAAAAGUAUUUUAUAUAAUGACAAAUAUCAUGGGUAGUUUAUAUAUAUAAGCAUGUACUGGUCGAGGCUAUUCUGUUUACAUCUAUAAUAUUAUAUUAUAUAUUGGUCAAUUAAUUAUAAUACUUAAAUUAUGUAAUAUUCUUCUUAGUAUUUAUUUUACAGCAUAGUUAAAAUAUCAUAUUUUCAUCCAAACAAUCCUUUAAUUAAUUGUUCAAAUUAAAUUUCAUGUAAAAUCAAAAUUGAUUUUUAUGGUUACACAAUUAAUUGAACGAACUGAACGGCUUUGUUACUAAUUUAUAGAUAAAAAAAACUAGCUCUUAAUGGAGAACAAAAUUCUCAAAUGUGAUUAUUAUAGAACUCAAGCAUUAUCUACAAAUAUUACAAUACAUGGAAAUUAACAGCUGACAAUUAAUUUUGCUACAAAUCAUACUAUUUUUAACAUAAUAAAUUAAUAAUUAUUUUCCCGUACGUAGUAUGGGGUAGUAUACUAGUUCAAAUAUAAACUUAAUGUCAUUAAAUGAACCUACCUAUUUUAAUGUUUGUCUUUUCCAGUUAAAUUAAUGAGUUUUCCUUAAUCAAAUUUAAACUUAAUGUCAUUUAAUGAACGUAAAAAUACAUCAUAUUUAACGUAGCUUAUUACGGACGAGUACAACCCAACAAUGAACUUGAAUUUUAUUUUUACGAAAACGUGAAUCACUUGACAUAUGUAAUAUUUAAAAUAUAUUUACAAUAUAACAAGUGCAUAUAACCUAACUAUACUUUAGUUUGAAAUGAUCAUGCUCAAGUUUUAUAUAAUCAACUUACAUCAUGCAUCUAUCGAUGAACAAUAUUCAAACCACCUAUAGUUUUCGUUUUCUUUAUAGAAUGUAUCAACCAACCAAUCAUCCUAUUGAUUUUCUAAACUUUAUAAAAAAACAAAUCAAUAAAUACAAACUCAAAAUCCAAUAUCUUUUAUUAAUCAAAACAAAAUAUCUUCAAUGUCGUAUCCUUAAUGUACUUAUUAAAUAUAGAAACUAUAACCAUAAUUACAAUAAUUAUAAGAAUAGAUUUGAUUCCAACCAAUUGAUCUAUUACUUUGGUAAUUGAUUUGCUUGCAGAAUAGAAAACAAUAAAUUUCAAAUUUGUAAGAAUAUAAAGAUAUAGAGAUUCCAACCAAUUGCCUAUAUUUGCGUAUGAUUUUCGCAUAAUAAGCUUCAAAUUGAACAUUGAAAAAUAUAUAAAGAUUUAUUUUUAAUCUCUUACCGACACAGAACUUAAACAAAACGAAGAGUUAAAUGUAAUUUUUUUUGUUACACUUCCCGGAAAAAACGGUUACAACAUGGGCUUUCAUAAUAUGGCAUUUUAACAUAUUAAUGUUAUGGACAUUUAAUAAUUAUCUUGACAAAAAACAAAGACUAUAAAUAAUUUAAUAUUAAUAAAAUUAUGAAAUUAUUUAUAAUUUGAUGACUAAUUCAUCGCCCUUUUUAUAUGUUAAAUUUUUCAUAGAAGUUUAAAAAUAAUUGUAUUUCCUUUAAACAUGUAUAACUGAUUUAUAAUCUUUUAUGCCAUACUAAGUCAUAAUAUAAUAUUUCUUCAUAUUUUACAUUAAUAACCAUUAUUUUUAUAUAUCGUCUAUAAUUCUUUAAUUACGUCUAUUUGUUCAAUUUUUUAUAUGAUAUUGAAUAUUCGUCGUAAAUAGAUGGUUUACGAUGCCAAAAAAUAUUUAGUUGGUGAAUAUAAUACAUCAAAUAUUACAAAUACAUCAUUUAGUUAAAUAAAUAACCAAAAACCAAAAAUUCAUACCCGCGCUAGCGCGCGGGUCAGGGUCUAGUUAUAUAUUAAAGGAAAAGCAUUGUAAUAAAUACGUUCACACUAAAAGGGACACAUGUCACAUGUAGAGAGCUUCUCUGCCAAACUCUACAUAAAUAUGUUCACACUAUGUAUUUUAUGUUUUUUAAUAUAAAACUCACAUGCAUGGUUUUUGUUUACGUUAUUUUUACCGUUUACGAAUAGGCCUGGACAAAUUAUUUAUAAAUUUUGAUUCAAUUUGUUAUCCGUUUUGAUUCGAACCAAAAAAAUCCAGAUAUCCGUUACUCUACGAAACAAAUUAAAUACUAAACUCCAAUAUCCGUUAAAAAACAAAUCACAAAUAUCAAUAUUUAUAGGAAGAGAUAUCCAAUUUUUUCGAUUGGUAGGCGGAUCUUUAUUAAGUUUUGGUUGGGCCUUUAACAUUUUAAGCCCAGUAAUUCUUUAUAAAUAAAGUAGACUUUCGUCCCUCCUUGGGGCAAAUGAUGACACAUGUCGAUCAUACAGUCAUUGCGUUUUGUUUCGUUCUUUUUUCGAUUGGUAGGCGGAACUUUAUUAAGUUUUGGUUGGGUUUUUAACAUUUUAAGCCCAGUAAUUCUUUAUAAAUAAAGUAGACUUUUGUUCCUCCUUAGGGCAAAUGAUAACACAUGUCGAUCAUACAGUCACUGGGUUUUGUUUCGUUCUUUUUUCGAUUGGUAGGCGGAUCUCUAUUAAGUUUUGGUUGGGCUUUUAACAUUUUAAGCCCAAUAAUUCUUUAUAAAUAAUGUAGACUUUGGUUCCUCCUUGGGACAAAUGAUGACACAUGUCGAUCAUACAUUCACUGCGUUUUGUUUCGUUCUUUUUUCGAUUGGUAGGCGGAUCUCUAUUAAGUUUUGGGUGGGCUUUUAACAUUUUAAGUCCAAUAAUUCUUUAUAAGUAAAGUAGACUUUCGUUCUUCCUUGGGGCUAAUGAUGACACAUGUCGAUCAUACAGUCACUGCGUUUUGUUUCGUUUUUUUUCGAUUGGUAGGCGGAUCUUUAUUAAGUUUUGGUUGGGCUUUUAACAUUUUAAGCCCAGUAAUUCUUUAUAAAUAUAGUAGACUUUCCUUGGAGCAAAUGAUGACACAUGUCGAUCAUACAGUCACUGCGUUUUGUUUCGUUCUUUUUUCGAUUGGUAGGCGGAUCUCUAUUAAGUUUUGGUUGGGAUUUUAGCAUUUUAAGUCCAAUAAAUCUUUAUAAGUAAAGUAGACUUUCGUUCUUCCUUGGGGCAAAUGAUGACACAUGUCGAUCAUCCAGUCACUGCGUUUUGUUUCGUUUUUUUUUCGAUUGGUAGGCGGAUCUUUAUUAAGUUUUGGUUGGGCUUUUAACAUUUUAAGCCCAGUAAUUCUUUAUAAAUAUAGUAGACUUUCGUCCCUCCUUGGAGCAAAUGAUGACACAUGUCGAUCAUACAGUCACUGCGUUUUGUUUCGUUCUUUUUUCGAUUGGUAGGCGGAUCUUUAUUAAGUUUUGGUUGGGCUUUUAACAUUUAAAGCCCAGUAAUUCUUUAUAAAUAAAGUAGACUUUUGUUCCUCCUUGGGGCAAAUGAUAACACAUGUCGAUCAUACAGUCACUGAGUUUUGUUUCGUUCCUUUUUCGAUUGGUAGGCGGAUCUUUAUUAAGUUUUGGUUGGGCUUUUAACAUUUUAAGCCCAGUAAUUCUUUAUAAAUAAAGUAGACUUUCGUUCCUCCUUGGGGCAAAUGAUGACACAUGUCGAUCAUACAGUCACUGCGUUUUGUUUCGUUCUUUUUUCGAUUGGUAAGCGGAUCUUUAUUAAGUUUUGGUUUGGACUUUAACAUUUUAAGCCCAGUAAUUCUUUAUAAAUAAAGUAGACUUUCGUCCCUCCUUGGGGCAAAUGAUGACACAUGUCGAUCAUACAGUCAUUGCGUUUUGUUUCGUUCUUUUUUCGAUUGGUAGGCGGAUCUUUAUUAAGUUUUGGUUGGGUUUUUAACAUUUUAAGCUCAGUAAUUCUUUAUAAAUAAAGUAGACUUUCGUUCCUCCUUGGGGCAAAUGAUGACACAUGUCGAUCAUACAGUCAUUGGGUUUUGUUUCGUUCUUUUUAUGAUUGGUAGGCAGAUCUUUAUUAAGUUUUGGUUGGGGUUUUAACAUUUUAAGUCCAGUAAUUCUUUAUAAGUAAAGUAGACUUUCGUUCCUCCUUGGGGCAAAUGAUGACACAUGUCGAUCAUACAGUCACUGCGUUUUGUUUCGUUUUUUUCGAUUGGUAGACGGAUCUUUAUUAAUUUGUGGUUGGGCUUUUAACAUUUUAAGCCCAGUAAUUCUUUAUAAAUAAAGUAGAUUUCCGUCCCUCCUUGGAGCAAAUGAUGACACAUGUCGAUCAUACAGUCACUGCGUUUUGUUUCGUUCUUUUUUCGAUUGGUAGGCGGAUCUUUAUUAUGUUUUGGUUGGGCUUUUAACAUUUUAAGCCCAGUAAUUCUUUAUAAAUAAAGUAGACUUUCGUCCCUCCUCGGAGCAAAUGAUGACACAUGUCGAUCAUACAGUCAUUGCGUUUUGUUUUGUUAUUUUUUCGAUUGGUAGGCGGAUCUUUAUUAAGUUUUGGUUGGGCUUUUAACAUUUUAAGCCCAGUAAUUCUUUAUAAAUAAAGUAGACUUUCGUUCCUUCUUGGGGCAAAUGAUGACACAUGUCGAUCAUACAGUCACUGGGUUUUGUUUCGUUCUUUUUUCGAUUGGUAGGAAGAUCUUUAUUAAGUUUUGGUUGGACUUUUAACAUUUUAAGCCCAUUAAUUCUUUAUAAAUAAAGUAGACUUUCAUCACUCCUUGAAUCAAAUGAUGACACAUAUCGAUCAUACAGUCACUGGGUUUUGUUUCGUUCUUUUUUCGAUUGGUAGGCGGAUCUUUAUUAAUUUUUGGUUGGGCUUUUAACAUUUUAAGCCCAACACUUUGGAAUUUGGUUUGCUGAGGUUUUGGGAACCGAGGAAUGUGGGUAAAGGUGGUGAACUGAUGAGUCUUGACAUGCUUCUCCUUGAUGAGAACUCUUAUACAAGGAUCCAUUAGUGCAAACCGCAACUCAGAUUCAGAAACCGUCUCAGUGAAGGAUCUGUGAGGUGACAAGAGUCUUGCGUUAUUGAGAAGCAAGGGAUGUCACGAAAGGUAGAGGAGAGCUUAUGGCCUGUAGAUAUGGAAUUAGUGGAUGAGAAGAAAGAAAACAAGUGUUAUUUUCCAAAUUUUGUCUUCAUGCGUAGAGAGAAAUCAAGUCAGACCACCAGACUCAAACAAGUCAAAACGGAGUGAGCCAGAACUGAAGCUCUUUGCUUACCCUGUGGAAUCUCCACCUUUGGAAACGGUGGCUGUAACCGUUUUAAGAAUCUCUCUUUUCACCAUCGAGCUAUCGUGAAGGAAAAUCUGACAGAGCUUGAAGAUGUAAGAUAUCCGCCCUGAAGUAGUCGCUGACGUAGUUGCUGAAGCAGACGUCGUAGUGAGUGGUGAAGACCAUGUGGAGUCAAGAUGAUGAGGUGGAGUCGUGUAGACUUGGAGAGCAAGGGAGUAUCUUGGAGAUAUGGAAAGAUGAAUAAACUUGAGGAGCAAGUUUAUGACUUAAAGAAAGAGGAAUAAGUGCAUUCCAAAAAAAGGAAAGUUGCACUUAUUGUUAUGGAAGAUGUCCAUACAUGUUGCCUUGGAGACUAGGGUUUCGGGAACAUGGAGAAUAAGUAUAAGAUAGCAAUGGGGUCGUCUGUAGAGACAUAGAGACACGGAGGCUGAUCUUAUAGAGAGAGAGAAGCUCUUGGAAGUGUUCUUGGGUCGUGCUGAAGCAGGGGCUGAAGUACUUGACGGAGAAGAGACAUAAGCGGGUAGCUUAGGAAUCUUUCAGUAGCGUGUGUUAGGGUGUUAACACUGACGUGUAAAAGCUGAAUAAGCAAGUCUUGUAAAGAUUGUUUAAAGGAGAUUCUAAUAAAAGCUUUGGUGUGCUUGUGUGAUUUGUCUCUUUGAUUUACCUUCUGCAUUACCUAUUGUUGUGUCAUCUUGCACUAACAAGUGGUAUCAGAGCGGGGCACCUAAGUUAUCGGUGUAAUCCUGAAAGUGAAGAUGGACACAAUUAUUUCUGUGCAGAAGGCGAUCGUGUUGAAUGCGGACCAAUAUGGUCAUUGGAAGGCUCGCAUGAAGCAGAUGAUUCGAGGAAUCAAUGAAGAUGCGUGGACAGCUGUGGAGACUGGUUGGGAGGAGCCUACCAUAGUCACAGAAGGUGAGAAGAAGCCUAAGCCAAAAGAUGAUUGGUCAGAGCAUCAAAAUUUAAUGCAAAGGCGUUGUCGGUGAUUUUUGGAGCUGUUGAAGCAGAGCAGUUUCAGCUGAUUCAGGGGAGUACUUCGGCUAAAGAGGCGUGGGAGAUCCUGCUGAAUUCGUUUCAAGGUGAUGAGAGUGUCAAGAGGACACGUCUAGAUCAUCUUGGGUCGCAGUUUGAGAAUCUCAGGUGGUCUGAUGAUGAUUCUGUGGCGAGUUUUAAUGCCAAACUCAGUGGUAUGGCGCAUGAAGCAUUUGUACUUGGGAAGAAGUACAAGGAGAAGAAGCUGGUAAAGAAGUUACUACGCUGUCUUCCAACAAAGUUUGGAGCUCACAAGGCGGUCUUACAGAUGACUACAAACACGGAUGAGCUCAAGUUUGACAAGCUUGUGGGUAUGCUGAAGGCACAAGAGAUGGAGACAUACAGUAGUUCAGUCUCUACGUCAGGUGGUGCAUCAAGGAGUAUAGCUCUUGCUGCUGAUAAAGAUGGAGAUAGAUCUCCGAAUAUUGAAGAUGCCAUGGGAAUGUUGGCUAGGAAUCUGAGUAAGAUGAUGAAUUCCUCUGGUGGGAGGAAUCAGUAUGGUCGUCAGGGAGGUGAUCGUGGCAAUAGCAGAAGAAGAGAACGUCUUAGAUGCUAUGAGUGUGAAGGAGUUGGUCAUAUAAAGGCUGACUGUUCUAUAGCACAACGGAGAGAACUUAAGUGUUCUGAGUGCAGAGGUGUUGGACACACACGGCGUGAAUGUCCAAACUCAAAGAAGGAGAAAGGAGUUCCAUUGCAGUCGUCUGAUGAUUCAAAGUCUGAAGAAGAUGGAAAGGUGAUAAAGAACCUUGUUGCAUUUGGUGCACGCAAGGAGGGAUCCAUUAAGUCCUCUGAUUCAGAUCUCAGCACAGAUGAUGAGGAGUAUCACGUGCUGCUUAACAAGUGGUUGAGGGUCAAGGAUCAGAAUCUGAGAUUGGAGGAUAUGGCUCAGAAGCAGAACGAGUUGCUUAAAGAAAUGCUGGAAGAACUUGCGACUGUAAAAGAGAAGAAUGAGUCUUUGGAGCAGGAGGUUAGAAAGUUGAGGAAAGUCCAGCAGAAGGGGUUGCCACGUUUCGUGCAUGGGAGCACAUCAGAAAGUGGAGCCAAAGGAGCUUGUCAAGAAGUACGUCGGGACGUACGACAGGGAGUAAGGCAGGAAGUUCUACAGCGCGUAGCUGUGAGUAACAAGCCGAAAGUAGUACAUCAGUGCAAUAACAUGAAGGUCAGACAGGAGGUUCUGAAGCAUGGUUGUGCAGCUGGUACAAGGAAGGAGACUGAUCGGUGCAUCAGCAACUGUGUCAGGCCAAGCAAGAAGCAGCAUCGGAUGAGCUGUUGGUUCUGUGGGAAGGUUGGACACAAGAAGGUGGAGUGUUUUGCUCGUGAGAAGAGCAGAAACAUGGCCAAGAAGGUGAACAAGACGUUCACUAAGCCCAGGAGGGUUGAAAAGGUGUCCUUAGCCAAGAGUGGCUUACUUGAUGAGAUCAAGGAUGAGACAUCAGAAGAUGGAUGCAGCUCUGUUAGGAGUGAUCUUCAGGAAGAUCAAGAAGCAUCAAGCGUGGAGUCAGGACACGAAGUUGUCUGUGACAAAAAGGGGAAGGAGAUCGAAGUGCGUCAGGAAGUGGUGCGAGAUGAUCUUCUGGGGUGUGAAAUCACUCCAAGACAAUAGCAACGAGUGCAGAGGGCACUCGGUGCGGAUGGGGAAGGGCUCAUGGUCAAGGAGACGACACAUGAAGGAAGCCUGGUCCUCAACAGAAGCUGGUCGAAGGGUAGUUCGACAGGUGCGUCAGAUCGUGAUGCAGUACUUGUUAUUCCGCUGCAGCAGGGGCUGUGUCAUGAUUAUACAUGAAGAAACAGACGGUGGGUCUGUAAGGCUUGACAUCUAAGCAUCUGUUUUAGCUUAGUAUGCAAUCAAGCAGGGGGAGAAUGGUGAUGUUCUGGUCCUUAGUAUGCAUAUCUCAUGGGGGAGAAAAGCAUGGUGUGGUGCACAUCUCGUUGGGGAGAAAAGCACAUUUGGUAUGGAAGUUUCCAGGUGAGGAACGUGGUUGCAACGUGGUUGCUGAACCAGAAGAUUGUUGUGCUUGAUAGGCAUACAAAGCUAAAAGGGGGAGAAUGAAGAUGUAAGAUGUCCGCCCUGAAGUAGUCGCUGACGUAGUUGCUGAAGCAGACGUCGUAGUGAGUGGUGAAGACCAUGUGGAGUCAAGAUGCUGAGCUGGAGUCGUGUAGACUUGGAGAGCAAGGGAGUAUCUUGGAGAUAUGGAAAGAUGAAUAAACUUGAGGAGCAAGUUUAUGACUUAAAGAAAGAGGAAUAAGUGCAUUCCAAAAAAAGGAAAGUUGCACUUAUUGUUAUGGAAGAUGUCCAUACAUGUUGCCUUGGAGACUAGGGUUUCGGGAACAUGGAGAAUAAGUAUAAGAUAGCAAUGGGGUCGUCUGUAGAGACAUAGAGACACGGAGGCUGAUCUUAUAGAGAGAGAGAAGCUCUUGGAAGUGUUCUUGGGUCGUGCUGAAGCAGGGGCUGAAGUACUUGACGGAGAAGAGACAUAAGCGGGUAGCUUAGGAAUCUUUCAGUAGCGUGUGUUAGGGUGUUAACACUGACGUGUAAAAGCUGAAUAAGCAAGUCUUGUAAAGAUUGUUUAAAGGAGAUUCUA